CCGCGCUCCAGAGACAGCUGGGCGCCCUGGAGAGGGACAGACCCAAGUUGGGAGCAGCUGUGCAGUGGGUGCGGGGCCUCCAAGAUGAGGCCGGCGCUCACCUUGUGCCUCCUCUGGCAGGCGCUCUGGCCCGAGCCGGGAGGGGGCGAGCACCCCACCGCCGACCGCGCGGGCUGCUCGGCCUCGGGGGCCUGCUACAGUCUGCACCACGCGACCAUCAAGCGGCUGGCGGCCGAGGAGGCCUGCAACUUGCGCGGCGGGGCGCUCAGCACCGUGCACGGGGGUGCUGAGCUGAGCGCCGUGCUCGCGCUCCUGCGGGCAGGCCCAGGGCCCCGAGAAGGCUCCAAAGACCUCCUGUUCUGGGUCUCUCUGGAGCGCAAGCGUUCCCACUGCACCCUGGAGAACGAGCCUUUGAGGGGUUUCUCCUGGCAGUCCUCCGACGUCAGCGGAUCCGAAAGCGACACGCUGCAGUGGGUGGAGGAGCCCCAGCGCUCCUGCACCGCACGGAGAUGCGCCGCACUCCAGGCCACUGGGGGAGUUGAGCCUGCAGGCUGGAAAGAGAUGCUGUGUCACCUGCGCGCCAACGGCUACCUGUGCAAGUACCAGUUUGAGGGCUUGUGCCCUGCGCCGCGUCCCGGGGCCGCCUCUAAUUUGAGCUACCGAGCGCCCUUCCAGCUGUACAGCGCCGCGCUGGACUUCAGUCCCCCUGGGACCAAGGUGAGUGCGCUCUGCCAGGGGCAGCUCCCCAUCUCAGUUACCUGCAUCGCGGACGAGAUGGGCUUGCGCUGGGACGGACUCCCCUCCGGCGCCGUGCUCUGUCCCUGCCCCGGGAGGUACCUCCGAGCUGGCAAAUGCGCGGAGCUGCCUGACUGCCUCGACGACUUGGGAGGCUUUGCCUGCGAAUGUGCCGCGGGCUUCCAGCUGGGCAACGACGGACGCUCUUGUGUGACCAGUGGGGAAGGACAGCUGGCCCCUGGGGGGACCAUAGUGCCCACCAGGUUCCCACCGGCCGCUGCAACAAGCCCUAUACCGAAGAGAACGUGGUCACCCAGGGUCCACGAGAAGCCAGGAGAGAUACCCCAUGUCCCUGAACAAGGCAGUUCGGCAACAACUAUUCCUGAGAUUCCUCCGUGGGGAGCACAGAGCACUAUGUCUAACUUUCAAAUGUCCCCUCAAGUCAAGUCAAAGGCCACCAUCACCCCAUCAGGAAGCGUGAUUCCCCAGUUUAAUUCCACAGCUUCCUCUGCCAAUCCCCAGACUUUCGACUCUUCCUCCACCGUGGUCUUCAUCCUUGUCACCAUAGCAGUAGUAGUGUUGGUGAUCUUGACCAUGACAGUGCUGGGGCUUUUCAAACUCUGCUUUCACAAAAGUCCUUCCUCCCGAGCAAAGAAGGGGUCUUUGGCCCCCCCAGGCAAGGAGAGUGAUUGCUGAGGCUGCUGCUUUGAACUCCAGUUCUGCACAGACAGUGGGGUGAAGGUCAGGGACUGCGGGCUGCGGGACAGAGAAGAAGGCACCUCGCUGGCGGGGUCCUCUCUUGGUUCUGGCCAUGCAUAGGGGAACAGGAACAUGGGGACUCCUGGUGAACAGAGUUUUUCACUUUCAAUGAAAAGGGGAACGAACGGAGAAGAACUUAUUUGUGGGACUGAGUAUUCCUGUAGAAAUCCCCUUUCCUCUAAAUUCCCUCUGCUUCACUGAGAAGAUAAAUCAGAACAGCACACUCCUCUGAAGAUGGAGGAGGUGCAAGUGCCUUAAGGUGGUACUGAUGGGUAAGGUCCUGCUGGGGAGAGGUAUUUUCUAACGUUUAUUCUGGAGAAUCUGGAGAAGUGAUUGAACUUUCAAGACACGGAAACAAAUAAAAAAUAAUACAAUUAAUUUUUUAAAAAUUUUUACCAAAUAGAAAGGAAAUCCAUUUGCAUUGUUCAGGCUGGGAAUAUAUUGGUUUGAAAUUCCCUGGCAAAAAAAAUAAAGGAUUGUUGAUAACCCAGACUCAAAUAUCAUUGGCUUCCUUGAGGAGUAAGG